AUGGGCAACGACAAGAAGAUCGGCGCCUACUAUGCGCCAACUGGCGGAUUGCCGCCCCAAACUCAGCUUCUGACCGACCGUGCCAUGUUUACCGAAGCCUAUACCGUCAUUCCUAAAGGCACCUUCAGCGACAUCGUUACAAGCUUCCUGCCAUUCUGGGACAAGACACGACUAUGGGUCAUCGCUCGCCCGCUGUCAGGCUUCGCCGAGACAUUCUCCCAAUACAUCAUGGAAGUUCAACCAGGAGGUGGCAGUGAUCGUGCCGAAUUAGACGAUGAGGCCGAAGGUGUAUUGUUCGUCGUGGAGGGCGAAGUGACCGUCACCUUGAACAACACCAAGCACAAUCUCGCCGACGCUCGUUUCCACUGGGUUCGCAAGGCCUACGAGGCUGUAGAGGGUUUGGAUUACCCCGAACCACUGUUCCUGAACGAGAAGGAGAUCGCGCCUACCGUAAUGCCGGAUACAGAUGGUGCUUGGGCCACUACUCGCUUUGUUGACCCGACCGAUCUCCGUCACGAUAUGCAUGUCACUAUUGUCACCUUCGAGCCUGGUGGCACCAUUCCUUUCGCGGAGACACAUGUUAUGGAGCACGGUCUUUAUGUCUUGGAGGGUAAGGCUGUGUAUCGACUGAAUCAGGACUGGGUCGAGGUCGAGGCUGGUGACUUUAUGUGGCUGCGCGCGUUCUGCCCACAGGCUUGUUAUGCUGGUGGCCCUGGAAAGUUCCGCUACCUGCUGUAUAAGGAUGUCAACCGUCACAUGAAGUUGAAGCUCUCCCGAUAA